AUGGAUUUUGAAAGAAUUAGCAUUGAUGCUAACGUCUUUGACAAAGACAUGGAAUACCGUUACGAAAAUUUGAAGUUCAAAGUCGUUCGUUUUGCAAUGGACAAAAUAAGAGAAAACACGAUCUAUUCUCUUCGAACUGGAUUUGUGACAAGAGGAGAGAACUGUAACUGUGCUGAUCGUAUCAAUUACAAGCUACCUUGUCCCUGUGUAAUUGCUGCAAAUUCGAAUGUUCUCCCUCUCGAAGUAGUCGAUAAGCGCUGGAGACUUGAAUUUGACGAAACUACUUUUUAUAGAGAUCCCAAAAAAGAAGAAACGUCUGUCGAACAUGAUGAUAAAAGUGAUGUUGUUUCAGUCUUAUCAGUCAGUGAUAAGGAAAAAGAUAAUGAUUACAAUUUCAUACCACUUGCGGAUGAUAAAAAAUUCGAACAAAAGCAAAAUAGUGAAGAACCCGUAGAAAGAAGAACCGUUGAGCAGGUCCUUCACAAAAUGUAUUCUUCAAUUGCAGACUUCUCUACACAGCAGCAAAUAGCAGAUGCAUUGACUGUUUUAGAAGAAGCUAAUGAUAAAAUUUUAAAUCCUGCUAUCAAAAUAGAUCAGUUGAAACCUCCUACAACUAAUUCCAAUAGAAAAGGCAGACCCUCUGCAAAAGGAGUAAAAAGUGGAACCAAACGACUGCAAAUAGCAAAAGAAUUGUUUGAAGAAAGUCAAAAAAAGGACAUUAAAAAAGAAGAAAAGAAACAAAAAGAAGAAGAAAAUAUGGAAAAGAAAAGAAGAAUCUUUGAGAUAGAAGAACGACAUGUAGCUUUGGAGCAAAAGAAAAGAAAACUCACUUUGGUCUUUAAAAACAAAGAAGAAAAAGCGCACGCCACCAGCAUUAAACAUACACUUAUGAAGGCAGAUAAGAGCAUCAAUUUGAGAAAGGAAAACUCAGCUGGUUAUGAUAGGGUAUUAUCUUAUCGCAAUUUGAAAAGCGAUACCGUCUUCAAGUGGAUUCGAGUCAACCCCAUAAAUUCAGUGGCUGCCAUCCACAGUGCCGGGGCAGAUGGUAAUUGCGGAUUCCGAGCAGUCAGUUAUAAUGUGUAUAAAACGCAAAGUAACUGGAUAAAUGUCAAAGAGGAUAUGUUGAAUACAUAUCUCAAGUAUAAAGAUUCUUUGUACAGAGCUGUAGGAACAGAAGCCGUGGUAAAUUAUGAAGAGCAGAAGAUGCUUACCAAGCUUCUUACAGUCGAAUCGCCCUGCUUGUUACCUGAGGAUAACAUGUUGUGGUUCAGCACUUUUGUCUGUCCACAGAUUGUGGCCGAUACGUAUGAGAGGCCAGUUUUUUUGUAUGGUUAUACAGAAAAUAUAUUGAAAACAGGUGAAGUGCGUACGAUCUACGAGUCUCAUGUAUUUAUUCCACUCGUGCACAUGGAAUUAAGUGCUCGAGAAAACCCCAUUUCUCUCCUUCUUUCGUCCUCGCAUUUCUAUUAUGUUGAGUUCGCUCGUACUACAAAAGGCAGAAUGAAGAAAUUCGAAAAGCCUGUUUUGAAUCACGAUCAUAAACGACUCAUGAAUGCUCACCCUGACAUUUGCAAGACUGAUUAUUCAAUCUUUUUUUAUUAA